AUGCUCCCGGCGGAGCCCAACUGCUUGCACUCGACAAGGCAGUGCAUCCACUCGCGGAAGCUGAAGUCGAACUUCCACUCGAUGCGGCUCGCGCCGGAUUGUGAGCUCGGCGAGCGAGGUCGGAGAGCGACCUCAAGGCUCAGCUCAGCCAGGGCUCGCUCGCCCGAGCUCGGAGCCGCCGGCGGUCAUGGGCAGCAAAGGUUUGACGCGUCGCUCUCGGUGCAGGAGGGCACUGCAGUAGAGGUGCAAUGGCCGUCCGGCGCGCGCGCGAUGGGCUACAGCUUCAUUGGCAGCUACCAGAGCGCGUCUGGAGCGCUGCCGUUCAGUGGGCCGGCGUGGCGCGUGGGCUGUGGCGCGAUCGAGUAUUAA